AUGCCCCUGAUCACAAUGGGUAGUCUGGUGACUGUUGGAACGGUCCAGAAGCUGAGCACUCUCUUGCCAUCCUCCGUGGCAGCACAGCAGAAACUUGAAGCCGCAACAAUGGUUGCGGAGUCCGCCACAGUGUGUUUGGGCAAUGAAAACAAGAAGACCGCGAACAAGAAAAAGCUGCCCAAGGCCUUGGGAGCAAUUCGAGAACAACGCCUGGCGGCGAAGCAGGAACUGAAAGCUGUUCGCAACAUAUUGGAGCAUGCCAACUUCGACCUGGAUAGCAUCUUUCCCGAGACCCCUUUGAGGCCAACCGUCCCCGCUUCUGAAAUCAGAGGCCAGCACAGAGUGGGCUCAGAAGUUCUCGCCUUCAAUGUGAACACGAGCACGGGUGAAAGCACCUGGGCGGCGGUCUUGCCCCGAGGCGGAUAA